AUGCCUAAUGGUCCAUGGAACCACCCCGACCAAAGACAUCUUUGCGGAGCAUAUCGGGAUAAUAGUGUUGUCCCCUACGAAGGAAUCCUAGUUUCUAACAUGGAAGAUGCACAGGAAUCCAUUGUGGAACACACAUUCGAGCAAUACCUCCUCUAUCUUCCGGAAAAGGCCCUCGAGAUCCGUCUUGACAAUAUUCGUCAUUGGUUCCACGAAACAAAUUUCUGCUGA